UGACGUCACAUGACGUCACACGCUGGCGGCCGUGCCCCCGUCGGCGUGGCCGGUCUAUAUAGUUGGCAGCCGACCAGCCGGUCGUUCUCAGUCGUACCGACAGCGGCGCCGCGUGGGACGAGAACGCGAGAGGCACCUCAUUCCAGGUCACACACACCCCACUCACACGCAGCCACCAUGGAGGGUUUCCUGCCGCUGGACACGACGUUCGCCACGCGCGCCUGUCACAUGGGCCAGGAGCCGGAGCAGUGGACUUCGAUGGCCGUGGUGCCGCCCAUCUCCAUGGCCACCACGUUCAAACAGGACGCGCCCGCCGAGCACCGGGGUUUCGAGUACUCUCGCAGCGGCAACCCGACCCGUGAUGCCAUGGAAAAGUGCUUCGCCUCCCUGGAAAAGGCCAAAUACGGCAUGGCGUUCGCGUCCGGUCUGGCCGCUACCACGACCAUCGUCCACAUGCUGAGCAGCGGAGACCACAUCGUCUCAAUGGACGAUCUGUAUGGCGGCACGAACCGCUACCUGAGCAAGGUGGCGUGCCGGAUGGGCGUGCAGGCGACCUUUGUGGACGCCUCCGACCCGCAGAAGGUGGCCGACGCCAUCACCGACAAGACAAGGCUGGUGUGGGUCGAGUCACCGACCAACCCGACCAUGAAGCUGGUGGACAUCGCAGCCAUGGCCGCUGUGGUGAAGAAGCACCCCAACGUGCGACUGGUGGUCGACAACACGUUCAUGUCCUCCUACUGCCAGCAACCGCUGACGCUGGGCGCCGACAUUGUGAUGCACUCGGCCACCAAGUACAUGAACGGCCACACAGACGUGGUGAUGGGACUGGUGGCCACCAACCGGGAGGACGUGCACGAACAGCUGCGCUUCCUGCAGAACGCGAUCGGCCCGGUGCCGUCUCCGUUCGACUGUUUCCUGGUGAACCGCUCGCUGAAGACGCUCGCGCUGCGUAUGCGCCAGCACGGCGCCUCAUCCGUGGCCGUGGCCAAGUUCCUCGAGUCCCACCCUGCCGUCGAGAAGGUGCUGCACCCGGGCCUGCCGUCGCACCCGCAGCACGAGCUGGCGCGCCGCCAGACCAUGGGCUGCUCGGGCAUGUUCAGCUUCUACAUCAAGGGCGGCCUGACCGAGAGCCGGGCCUUCUUCAAGAACAUCAAGAUCAUCACGCUGGCGGAGAGCCUGGGCGGGUAUGAGUCGCUGGCGGAGCUGCCCUGCGUGAUGACCCACGCCUCAGUGGACGCGGCCGACCGCGAGCGUCUGGGCAUCACGGACUCUCUGAUCCGGGUCAGCGUCGGCCUGGAGGACGCACAGGACCUGAUGAACGACCUCGACCAGGCGCUCAGAGCCGCCGUAUCGGUCUGAACGGCGCAGCUGUGGCCGGCCCUCUCUGGCGCCCCUCAGGCUCCCCAGGGCGCCCCUCUGCCGGUCGUGGGCCGACCCGACCGGCUCCCCUCAGGCUCAGGCACGGGCCUUCACGGCACCCGUGGUGGUCCUUUCUUCACCUAUGGCUACUGCGUAGUCGGCGUGCCAUCCAAAAGGCGUCCAUCACCGCACGUAUUGUACGGAACCUGCGACGGGAGUGUGGGGUGUGUGGGUGCACCGGUGCCAUUUCGAGUCGUGUGUUUUCGUAUCUCUGUUUCUACGGGGCAUUUAGAACACGACGGCGUGUGAUCUGAGUGUGAUGGUGGAUGCCGCGUUUCCUUUUUCGACAAUAUUUUAUGAGAUGUGUCUAGUCAUCGAAAAUGAUUUAUUAUACGUAUCUCAAAACGAGCCAGUUCAAAUGUAUUGUUCUUGUUGAUUUGGGUCGUUACUCGUUGCUUUUGCACUCGUUGAUUUAAAUUGUUUAUCAGGAUUUACUGUGUGGAUAUUUUGCGACAUGGAAAUGCAGCCGUUCACCUUG